AUGGAGGAGCUGAAACACGACGUUCGCAUAUCCAAAGCCCUCUCGUGGCUCCUUCGUCAUAAUGCCGAAAAGGAGGGCCUAGCCAUUGACUCACGCGGGUACGUCGCCAUCGACGACGUCCUCAACCACCACCGCCUCAAAAGCCUCAAGUGCACCCGGGCCGAUUUGGAUAGAGUAGUGGCUAACAAUGCCAAACAACGCUUCAGCAUCGACGGCGAUAGGAUAUGUGCUACCCAGGGCCACUCGAUCAAGCUGGUGGCCAACGACAACAUGGAGGAGCUUACCGCCGCCACCAUCCCGUCGGAAAUCUACCAUGGCACCUACCGCAAUAAGCUCCCCCUCAUAUACCAGCUGGGCGGCCUCAGCCGAAUGGGCCGCAACCACGUCCACUUCACGCUGACCCAGCUUCGCAACAUCCUGGGGGCCCGCCACUCGGCCAACGUCCUCAUUUACCUCGACGUCGACCGGUGCUUGACCCAGGGGCUUGUCUUCUACCGGGCGAAGAAUGACGCCAUCCUCUGCAGCGGCAACGAUGCCGGCAUCGUCCCCCUCGACUGCUUUGCCAGGGUCGUUGACGCUCGCACCCUCGACCCCAUAGACAUGUCGGCUGUACCUACUUAG